UUUCCCAAGUCUUAUAAAUCCUUCUUUUUUCUCUCCUUUCUCUUACAAAAAGUUUCUAAAUUUUCUUUCCCUCAAACAAUGGCUAUUAGGAAAUCAAACAAGUUGUCACAAACAGCAAUGUUGAAGCAAAUCAUGAAAAGAUGUUCAAGUUUGGGUAAGAAAAAUGGAUCCUAUAAUGACGAACAAUUAGGGCUUCCAUUAGACGUACCAAAAGGCCAUUUUGUAGUUUACGUUGGAGAAAAUAGAACAAGAUAUAUUGUUCCAAUUUCUAUUUUAUCAAGACCUGAAUUUCGUAGCCUCCUUCAACGUGCAGAAGAAGAAUUUGGUUUUGAUCAUGAUAUGGGUCUUACAAUUCCUUGUGAUGAAGAUGUUUUCGAAUCUCUAAUUACUUCGUCAAUACUAAGGUAAAAAGAAUGAAAGUUAGAGCUAGUCGAGCCAGUAGGUUACGAAUAUAAAUCUAGGCGGAGCUAGCUAGCUAGGUUGUCUGAAGUAAAAAAAUUAUAUAUAAAAGUUCAGGAAUCUGCUUUAUUGUUCUGUCUUUUUUUUAAUUUUUUUUUUUUUGGUUUUUGGGAUCAUUAUAACCUGGUGACGUGUACUAGGUUUCUGUGUUUGUAAAUCUCAGAAGUCUGUAAUUGUAAUUUUCCUCGCAGUGGCGUUAGGUAAUAUUUGUACCCUGUGAGAGAGUUAACUAAUUAUAUAUAAAUUGUAAUAUUUGGUGCUA